AUGGUGCAACCACAACAAUACCCCCCUCUUCCGCGCGAGAGCACCCUCUCCAAUCUCCCCACCGAGUACCCCAUCGACGCGCAAGACCAAAUCUCACAAAUCCUAGCAACCUCACCAAUCAACCGCCUCGUCGUUCUCGACGACGAUCCCACCGGCACCCAAACCUGCCACGACAUCAACGUCCUCACAGUCUGGGACAUCCCAACCCUAGUAACAGAAUUUCAAACCAACUCCUUAGGCUUCUUCAUCCUUACAAACUCGCGUGCGCUCCCGCCCAACGAAGCCGAAAUACUCCUCAAAACAAUAUGUACCAAUGUUCUCUCUGCAGCCAAAUCCACCGGGAAAAAGGUAGACAUUGUGCUGCGCGGCGAUAGUACGCUCCGCGGCCACUUUCCGCUAGAACCGGAUGUCGCGACGGCUGUUUUUGGUGCUGCGGAUGGACUCGUUCUGGCCCCGUUCUUUUAUCAGGGUGGACGAUUUACCAUCGACGAUGUACACUAUGUAGCGGAGGGGGAUAAUUUGGUCCCAGCAGGGGAGACUCAAUUCGCUAAGGAUGCUACGUUCGGGUAUAAGAGUUCUAAUUUGAGGGAUUAUGUUCAGGAGAAGGCACCGGGGAGGUUCUCAGUUGAGAAGAUGCAUUCUGUUACUAUUUCUGAGAUUCGGCAGGGAGGACCAGAUGCUGUUUGUGCUAAUUUGCUUGCUGCCCCGGCAGACGGGGUGAUUAUUGUCAAUGCAGCUGCAGAAUCAGACAUGCAUGUCUUUGUGGCUGGGCUGUUACUCGCCGAAUCCAAAGGAAAGCAUUUCCUCUACCGCACAGGUGCAGCCUUCGUCUCAACAAGACUUGGUAUCCGUUCCAAAGCCCCCAUCACCGCAACGGAACUCCAUCUUCCCUCUCCCCGAGAAACAGGAGGUCUCAUAAUAGCAGGAUCAUAUGUUCCUAAGACAACAGCGCAAUUGAAAGUCCUAACGGAUCGUCGCAGUCCGUCGGGAUCAGCACAACUCGCUAUAAUUGAAAUAAAGGUUGAAGAUCUCAUAUCCUCACCUAGUACCGCGUCGGAGACCAUCACGCGAAUUGUCAAGGAGACAGAAUUGCACUUGGCAAGCGGGAAAGAUACAUUGGUUAUGACGAGUCGGAAACUUAUUACCGGGGCAGACGAGCUUUCGUCGUUGAAGAUUGGCUCUGUUGUUGCUGAGGCGCUUGUUAGUGUUUUGCAGCGGAUUGAGGUGCGCCCGCGAUAUAUUAUUGCUAAGGGCGGUAUCACCUCUUCCGACGCUGCUACUAAGGGGUUGAAUUUCAAGCGUGCAUUGAUCGUUGGUCAAGCUGCUCCUGGUGUUCCGCUGUGGAGGUGCGAUGAAUCUACUUCUCGUCAUCGGGGUGUGCCAUAUGUUGUUUUUCCUGGGAAUGUAGGUGGGGAGGAAACGCUGUGCGAGCUAGUUGAAGGGUGGAGUUGA